CGCGGCCGCAGCUUCACCUCGUGAGAGAGGCGGGAAGCGAAGACCCAGGCGACGCCGCCCGCUGUGGGGCUCCCGAGGCGGAAGGCCGGCCUGAGGGGAGGGGAGACGCCCGCGGCGGACGGGAUCGAAGCGGGCAGGGCAGGGCGGUCCGCUUCGCUUCGGCAGCCUCGGCGGCGGCGACCCAACAUGCCUCCCGCUUCCUCGGCGUUGUCGCCGCCGCCGCCGCCCCCGUUGUUGUUGUUGUCCUCGCCCUCCCCGCCCGCCGCCUGAAGCCAGGAGGAGACCUUCCCCUUCCUCUUCUCCUCUGCCAGCCGAAGUUCCCAGGCGGCCCCGACCCCACCCCAGGCGCAGGAGGAGGAGGAGGGCGGCGGCGGCGGAGGCAGCAGCAGCAGCAACCGCGACAUGAGGCGCGCCGAGGACCUGGAGGGCUUCGACGGGGAAGCGUCGAGCACCUCCAUGAUCUCGGGCGCCAGCAGCCCGUACCAGCCCACCACCGAGCCCGUCAGUCACGGCCAGGGGCUGCGCGGCCUCCGCUGCGACCCCGAUUACUUGAGGGGCACCUUCGGAAGGCUCAAGAUCGCCCAGGUGGUUUUGGCAUUGAUUUCCUUCAUCUGCAUAGAAACCAUCAUGGUAUGCUCCCCUUGUGAAGGCCUUUAUUUCUUUGAAUUUGUCAGCUGUAGUGCAUCGGUAGUUACUGGAGUUUUGUUGCUUAUGUUCAGUCUAAAUCUCCAUGCAAGAAUACCGCAGAUCAACUGGAACAUUACAGAUUUGGUCAAUACUGGACUCUGCACUUUUUUCUUUUUCAUUGCAUCUGUUGUACUUGCUGCUCUAAACCAUAACAAAGGAGCAGAAAUUGCAGCUGUGAUAUUUGGUUUUCUGGCAACUGCAGUUUAUGCUGUGAAUUUAUUUUUAGCUGUUAAAAAUUGGAGAAUUAACAGCCGACAACAAAACACGAGGCAGACCAGUGAUUAUAUGCGUGCUCGGACAGAAUCCAGAGAAGUGGAUCAUCGCCCAGAGAUUCAGCGUCUGGAUGGGUGAAAAUCUCACACAAAAUGGGAUUUCCCAGAAGAAGAAAAAUAAAAGCCCGCAGACUUUUUUAAAAAAAGAAAAUAAAUGUUCACUUUUAUAGGAAAAGGAGGAGCAUGUGGUGGCCGUGAGCAUUUGCAUGUACAAAGAGAGAGAGAGAGGGAGAGGACUUGAGAAAUUAUUGGCAUGAAGGCCAUAAUUGCGGAACUUUUCAAAUGAAGAUACUUGUCCAUAAAUGUGGUAAAUGAAGAAAAGGAUACAUUAGAGUGAAGAAUUGUCUUGGUGCACAGUACUUUGAGUUAGCAGAGCCAGAGAGAAGAUUGGUAUUCAGUCUACAUUCCCACCAUCCGGUAGAAAUAUGAUAGUUAGAACUGGCAAAAGAUUUUUCUUUUGAAAAUGGAGUUUCCAACCGUAGACAUAGUGCAUCAGGGAAAGAGAUAGCAAUAACAUAAAUCAGGUAUUGAGUUACACAGCCACUGUGUAUGUUCCCUUAACUAGAUUCCCCAAUUAACUUUAGUUCUCACACUCCUACAGUUCCACUGUGUAUCUAUAACAGCCAUUCAUGCUAGUUCGAGGAUUGACUGGUGGAAAAUAAGCUUUCUGCUAAACAGAAAACACAAAGCUCACUCCAUUUGUGACCACAACCAGGUAUGAACUGGGAUGUAACACCUCAAAACACUACACAUUGAUUUCCUUUUCCACUUUACAAGGGAAUAAUGUGAAGUUGGUAUUGAGCCCCUCUGUUCCUCUUACAUUCAACCAUAGGAAAACCGACUGUGGUCAGGGUUGUUUUGUGUUGAGUUCAUAUCCAUACUGCAAUAUUCCUAAAACUAUAUACAGUUGUACCUCGGUUUUCGAAUGUAAUCCAUUCCGGAAGACUGUUCGAGUUUGAAAACUGAAAACCCAAUAGCCGACAGCUAAGCCUCAGGAUCUUGCACUCAGCAGAAGCCGCAUGGCAUGUUUGACUUCCAAGGCGUGUUUGAAAACCGAAGCAUUUACGGCGUUCGAAAGCCGAAAUGUUCAUCAAUAGAGAUGUUUGAAAACCGUGGUACCACUGUAAUUACAUACCCUGAGAGUGUGUGUCUGACUUCAAAUUUUGAUUACCCAGAUUGCUCUGCAUCAUUUUCUGAAUUAGAAUCUUUUAAUGAAUUUUGCUAAAGUUAUCUGAAUACUAAGGUUUUUUUAGGCAUGAGAGCAGAUCUGCAAAAUGUUUGAAUAAUUGUCCACAGAUGAAGACUUAUUUUGCCGAGUAGCAUUUAUGUGGUUCAUUUAGUUUACAUACCAUUCUAUAUAAUUCCGGUUUUCCCUCAAUCUUCACAGCAGUGUUUCAUGGGGAAAGUAAUGUACUCUGUGGGUAGGGGAUUGGAACCAGUCAUUAGAAUCUCUCUUUAGCUUCUUGCUUCAUGCUUCUUGCAUCUGUUGUUUAGGUCAGCCACAAAAUGAGUAUAUAAAAUCAGUAAUUCUUCUCAAUAUGUUUCCAUUAUGAUGAUGAACAGUUAUCAGUGGAGGUACACUUAUUCCUGGGACAGUUGUGUAUGCACCUUGAAAGCUAGGAAGUAGAAUUGUGAAUGUCUGUGGAAUGUCACUGAUUGUAGAGUGUGAGAGUCCCCAUUUUUAUAUAUGUUGACCAUGUUGCAUGAUAUUGGUGAGCCCUCUAAUCUUCUGGAUCCUAAAAGCACAUUUAAGCCUUGAAGAUCCUUUAUUUUUCCUAACACUUGAAGUAAAUGCUAAAAUAAAAGUAAAAAUUGGGACUGUCCAAGGCUAUGUAUGAUCUCAACACCAGCUGCUGGGGUGAGAUUCAGUAUCCUAAGAAUGCAUUGACUUCCGUUUUUCAAAAAAGCUAUUUUGAACUCCUUGAGGCAGUGGAGAUAAGCCUGAAAAUUGUGGGCUGUCCCUGGAGUGGCUGGAGGGAAAUCCAGUCCUCUGCAUAGGUCCUGUUGUCAGCAGAAACAGUAUAAGAUAUGCCAGUCACUUAUUAGUCAUGUGCAGAGCUAUAUUUUAGUAAUAAUCCCAGAACCUUUUGAAAGCAUAUAAACGUCUACUUUUUGAAUGGGAACUUUAUUUAAAGUCGUGUAAUGCAAGAGUACUCUGUUUAUUGCCAUGGCUGAUUUCCUCAAAUAACAAGGGUGUAUUCUGAUUUCUGCCCAAUUUGUUAAAAGUAAGAAAAAGAACUCAAGCUACCAGAAAAGCAUUUUUUGUUCUAGUGGUAUUUUUUGGGACCAAAGAAUAGCUAUACAUUUUUAGAUUGGAGACACAUUUGUAAUUUGAAAGGGAUAGGUUUGGUGUGAUGGUACAUAUUUAAUAUAAAAAGAUUGUAUAUUUUAUGGUAUGCUAUGACAAUAUGCUCCAACGAAAUGCAGGCAUUCCUGAAGCACA